AACAGAUGAAUCAAACGUAAUACAUUCGUUGUUCAUUCCAUAAAAUAUCAUAAACAGAUUAUACAUUAGCAUAAUUAUAAUAAAUCGCAUAUUUGCCAUUACCACACCCUUAUAAGCCAACUCUUCACACAACCUAUAAACUCAAGCUCUAAAGAGACAAAUAACACACACAUUUCCUCUUAACAAUGACGAUGAAGAAAACAAAAGGAAGGCAAAAGAUCGAUAUAAAGAAGAUCGUGAAGAAGAACGACCGGAUGAUCACGUUCUCGAAGCGGAAAUCGGGUAUCUACAAAAAGAUCAUCGAGCUCUCGACCCUUUGCGGGGCGGAUAUCGCGUUUUUGGUGUUCUCGGCUGCUGGAAACCCUUUCACAUUCGGCAGCCCGUCUUUCGAGGCGGUGGUAGAACGCUUCGGGGAAGGAGGAGGAGGAGGAGGAGGAGGAGACGGGUCACGAAAAGAUGACGAUUCGUCGCCAUUUCAGCGUACAAUACUCGACGCCCACAAGAAGAUACGGCUAAAUGAAUUGAGCAAACAAUAUACCAGUCUUGUUGACGAGUUGGACGCCGAGAAAGAGCGGAUGAAAACGUUACCGACGCCGGCUCCGGUGGUGGAGACGAAGGAGUGGUGGAGAAUCGAGCCAGCCGAGAUUCCGAACGAUGAAAUCUUGGGGCAGCUCUUGUACAAGUUCGAGGAUCUGUACGAGAAUCUGCGUAACAUAAUGGAGCAGAGGAUAAGAGAAGGUUUUCCAUCUUCUUCUUCAUCAAAUAUGAAUGUUCAAGGAUUUGGUAAUGGGCAUAUAAUAUAA